AUGUCGGCAUUGAUAUUAAAAGCUGCUAAUGAAUUUUCAACUCUAUUUCUUGGUACAUCUCGUAGUGAUGAUUCAGCAGGUGAUCGUCUAAGUUAUCGAUAUACAUGUGCUAUACUUAUUGCAUUUACAAUUAUUGUUUCAAAUCGUGAAUUUACAUCAAAACGUAUUCAAUGUUGGGUUCCAGCAUUUUUUACAGGAAAUUAUGAAGAUUAUACUAAUAAUGUAUGUUGGGUACGUAAUACAUAUUAUAUCGAUGAUAAUAGUGAAAUACCUGAAAGUGCUGAAAUUCGUCAUGAUACAUCUAUACGUUAUUAUCAAUGGAUACCAUUUAUACUUCUUUUUCAAGCAUUUCUCUUCUUUGUACCUUAUGUUUUAUGGCGUGUAUUAUGUCAACGAUCAGGUAUUGAUAUACGAGAUAUAGUUGAAGCUGCAACAAAUUAUAAAAAAGCGAAUGAUGAAAAACAACGUGAUCGUUUAAUGAAAUUUAUGGUACAAAUUAUUGAUCAAUAUGUUGAUGAUCCACGCCGUCAAUCAAAUAAUCGUGAAACAGUUUGGUGGAAAAAAUUUUGUCUAGUUUUUUUUCCAUCAUCUGGUCGUUAUAUGGGAGAUUAUUUAAGAAAUUUAUUUAUAUUUAUUAAAAUUAUUUAUGUAAUUAAUGCUGUUGCACAAGUAUUAAUAUUAUCUUUAUUAUUGGGUCAACCAUUUUAUUCAUUGGGUACUACUGUUAUUCGUCUUUUAUAUCAAGGAAAAGGAUGGGAUUUUACUAGUCGAUAUUUCCCUAAAGUAACAUUAUGUGAUUUUCAAAUUCGUGAAGCAAAUGCUUUACCAAUUGCACAUACUUAUACAGUUAUGUGUGUUCUACCAAUUAAUUUAUUUAAUCAACAAAUAUUUACAUUUCUAUGGUUUUGGAUUGUGUUUGUUAUUAUUCUUACAAUUUACGAUCUUUGUAUGUGGAUAUUUCGAUUAUUUUUUCGACGAGAUUCAUAUCUUGAAGGACGUUUGAAAGUAAUGGAUUAUGAAUUAACACAAAAAUGGCCAUUUAAUGAUUUAUGUGUUAAUCAUGUUAAUGUAGAAGAUAUGGAACGUAUAAGGAGAAUACAAAGUCGUGAUGAAACAAUUCCUUCAACGGGUGACGAAGUAUAUAUAUUGAGUGAUGGACGAAAAAUCCAUCAUCAAUCUCGAAUGUUUAUUGUACCACCUGUAUAUUAUGAAGGCAAAGGCAAGACUAUAUUUGCUUUUUUUAAUGAAGAAUAUUUGGAAGCCGAUGGACAUUUUAUUUUACGUAUUGUUGGUACAAAUGCAAGUGAAUUUGUUUCAACGAAAAUGAUUCAUGAUUUAUAUCAAAUGUGUUGUAACAAACGAUUUAAGCCAUAUGAUGUUCAAAUAAUGACAGCACCAUUACGAACUACGCUUUAUAAAUAUCUAGUUAUUCCUAAAGAAGGACAACCACCUCCAGAACCUCCUGAAACAGAACAACCUAAAACACCAACUAUUGAAACACGACCGUCAGUAAAUCCACUUAUACAACGUUUUCAGUCACAUACAACAAAUGAUCAACACCCUCCAGAAGUUAAACGUCGAACAUCACAAAAUCCUUCAUCGGCAGAUCAUCAAACGCGACCACGUUCUGAUACACUUCCAUUUCUCGAACAACCUGAACCAGUACAAGUACAGUAUGCAUCAACAACGAGACGUGGAAAUGGUAUGCAAAGUACAAAACGUAUUCAACAAUAUCCACAAUAUGAUGAACAUGAAGAGGAAGGAGCAGUCUAA